AUGGCGGCCAAAGAUGAGAUUACAAGUCAGGCGGAGACUGUUACCCAGUCUCACGACAGCGAAAAACUAUCAGAAACCAAAGCUUCUGAAAAGAUAGCCUCCGUGGCAUCGCAAGGAGCAGUACCAUCAACUCCGCAGCUUGAGGUACAGCCUAUUACAGUUCUACAACCACCUCUGCAACAACAACAACAACAGCAUUCCCAAACUCUUUCAAGUACACAAAUCAACGCAUCAAUUAGCGGAAAUGCCUCACCACAGCUAUUCCAGGUACAGCAGCAGCCCGGACAAGCACCGCAGACAAUGGCACUCAUCAACGGUCAACUCGUCCCAGUCUCUACGGUUCAUGUUCAGGUUCCUGUCUCAGGAUCAGGGUCGAACUCUGUCGUACUUCCACAGGUGCAAGUUCAAGUACAAGGUCCGGCGGCGGUUAAUAUGCAAGCGAGCAUCGUUCAGAAGCAAUCGGCCACUGAAGGCUCUACGUCUACAUCAACACAACAGAAACCAACUGUUCCAGAGAGCAAACAGGAAAAGACUGGACUAACAUCCAAUGUGCCUGCUACAAGUACGCAACCACAAACAAAUAACAAUGCAAGCCCGGCUUCGCGAAAAACACGAGAUCCAGGAUGCGGAUGCGGAUUCUGGGCUGCAAUUUUGAGGUCAUUCCAGCAAAAAGGUGACAACAAGAAUGACACGAAAGAGAAUCAGACCACGACAGCGGACAGCAAUACCCAAAACGAUAAGACAACAAGCCAGCCACUGGGAACGACUGCUGUUAACAUGGCCAUACAAGCCAUUAAUCCGGCUUCAACUUCAGCACCAGCCGCUCACGGCGAUUCCUCACAAGCGAAUCGAAGUACCGGCGUGACUGAUGCUGGUCAGAACACAAACGCAAACUACUACCCACUUGGUACAAGCGAUAUCAGCACAGGCAACACUAUGAACAAUCAAGGAGGCUACGUUAUCCCCACAAACACGAUGAUACCCGACACAGGACAAUACUCAGUUGCGGCUCAGCAACCGUUGUAUGUAGUCGAUCCUUCUCAGGCAGCUCCUGCGCCUUAUACAGAACAAGCACCUGGUCAAGCUACGGCUGACGGAACAUAUUAUGAUAGUGGUGAAGGGGAUGACGAUCCAGUUGAUGAUGUGUAUGAUGACGAUGCGGACGACAUGUAG